AUGCGCAUGGACGUACUCUCGCGGGCGUUUCCCGAGGUGCGCAAAGUCGACGUGUAUGACUGCAAACCUGUGUACAAAUCGGAAGGGCCUAUAUGGGCAUCUCUGGAUUAUGUUCGCGGAGACGCCUACUCGUUGUCGUGUUGGCCGACGAUAUGUCCCACCAAGCAUAUCGAGCUGCGCGUCAUCAUCGUCCUCGGGAACCCGUCAUAUGGGCAACAUCAGCGAGAGGCAGUAAUUCAAAUACUGAAGAAUGCCUCACCCAUUAGAUUGUCGAUGGGGGUGACUGCAGGCGCAGACCCUCAAUUUUGGGAGCAAGUAGUUGAGGCUCUACCGAGACUUCGAAUUCUUGAACUCACCAUGAACCUCGAAACCAUCGGUGGUUCCGCUGAGACACUACGCGCUCUACAACGCUGGAGUAACUCGCUCUCUGCAUUCAAGGACCUCAAAGCGAUAUAUGUGCAGCUCCGCAUUGACAGUGUGAUCAGACAGAGCUCGAGACACACUAGUGCUGUCCAGCCUUCGGAAAUAACCAAGACGUACGCGCUGAGCAUGCUACCCAAUCUACUCAGCCUCACUGUCCCAGCGCUGCGACUCUGCUCGAUCGCCUUCCGGCGGCUCGUAUGGGAUCAAAAUGGAAAGGUUGACUUUGUUAGCGAUCCUGUGUCCUGGUGGCGAAUUGGUGGAAGCGGAGCGGGGAGGAUGGCCCAGUCGGUUUCAUGUGACGCGGGAGAGCGAGUAGUGGCACAUGUUUGCUCCCUGAUCCAGAACUCCUCAAACGACUAUGACGAUACGCAACACUGGUCAGCACUGUGGUAG